AUGAGGAUUCUGGCAGUACUAUGGACGGUAUGUUUGGUAAGAUUGUGUUACGGUGGAGAUAAUGGUAAGGUAGACUCUACCCUAUUCAAUGUAGAGGAGGCUGAGAAAAAUGCUGUUAAGGUUCUCAAGCUUACACCCAAGAAGGGUGCUAAGGCUACUAAGCUCACUUAUGAAGGUUUGACAGUUUGGGAAGAUAAGAAAAAGUCAUGCCUCUCAGCUGUCUUAUAUAUGGAUAGAGACCAACCUACUCUGGCUGUUAUAAGGACUAAAGGUAUUAAGAGUGGUGCUGAAUUUACAGUCUACAAGUACCAUAAUGGUAAAAAAUGGAAGAAGGGUAAUGAGAGUAAUCAUAAGAAGAAACUCAAGGAACUGCAAGAUGCCGCUAGACCAAAAGAAUCUACAGAAACAGUCGGAGAUAAUGUAGAAGAAAAGGCUAAACCUGCUAACAAACCAGGAGAUGUUCCAGCUAGAAGAGAUCCAGUGAAGACCGUUCAACAUACUCCUCAGGCACCUAGCACUAAUAAACCUGAUACUGAGGACUCCCCAGUUGUCCAACAGAAUCUUUAUACACCUACUCAACAAGCUGUUAAACCUGUAACAGCCUCAUCUGUACAGGUUGACAGUACUCCUAUAGCCUUAGACCUUAACAACCCUGAUAAGUCCAAGUUAGAUGUGCAUACAGAAACGGAACUCGAAGUAUCCUUAAAGGGUUAUACUCCGAAGAAUACCUUUCACAUAUCCUCAGUUCUUGAAGGUGAUAAAGAGCUUUGGAAAUCAGCUAGAGCUGGCCAUAAGUGUCUCAUUGCACAAUAUUGUGCUAAAGAUGACGCAACAAUUCUUUACCUAGAAGUUGAGACUAGUGGGAAAUGCUCUACAAGAUAUUCUGAGAAAAUUGGUAAUGAAUGGACAAGUUUAAAGGAGAAUGAGUUUAAUGAGAAGGCAAAGACAAUGAUUGGAGAAUCUGGAAAAAAUGUUUCCCUAAAUAUCACUCAUCCUAAUAGAUUACUGCACAAGUCCUUCAACUAUUCCUUUGCUGGUAAUGUUGUUCAACUCACUGUCCCUAAUAAUGGCGUCAGUGUUAAAAAGUUAAUGGAUGCUAAGAAAGAAGUGUGGACUCCUGGAAAGAAUGAAGAAUUUGGCUACGCCAAAUUGUACACCAAGGAUGGUAAAGCAGAGUUGGUCUCGGUUACCCUAAAAACAUCUACUACAGUAAAGGAGCACCACCUAGAGCUCAAAGAUGGGAAGUGGGUACCACGCACCAAUAGUGAUGCCAAGAUUAAGAGCUUAGUAGAACCUGUACAAUGGGUAUCCGACUUCAACAUUGAUCUCUCCACUUAUAAGGAUACUAAAGAAUGCACCAUUUUUGAGACAGAAUUACUGGGAGUUACUACCAAACAUUUCUUUCCUAAGCCUGGUAACACUGCUGCACUUGUUAAGGAUGGUAAUAAGGAACUGUGGGCUUCUAUAAAUCCUUCGGAUACCUGUCUUUCUUGUCUUUAUUAUAAGGGAAAUUCGGGGUUACUUGAGAUGAUAGUCAUAGAGAAUUCAUCGAGGAGGUACAAAUAUUUUGAAAAGGUAAAUGGAGAAUGGAGUGAGAUUGAAAAGACUACCUUUAACAGCAAGCUUAAUGAAAUGAGGAAUGGUACUUAA